AUGAAAAGAAGUGCACGACAAAUUUCUCGUCCAGAAGUGAUAAUUUCUUGUAGUGAUUCUGAAAAUGAACCUGUAUAUAUCUCAAGCGAUGAUAAUUAUGUUCCUGAGAAAGCAGUUUCUAAAAUUGUUCGGAAAAAGAGAAAAAUAUCGAUUACAAAUGAUAAUAACCAAAAGUUACUUAAAAAGGACAAUCAAUAUAAAAUAGCAAUGCAAUCCGAAAAUGAAAAAGUACAAAUAGAAUUUCCAAAUGCUGCAGUAGAAUCAACAGGUUUAAAGAAAAAGAUACAGAAUAAAGAUAUGAAAAUAAAAUACGAAAAGAUACAAGAUUUAGAUAAAAAAAAUAUUAAACAAAUAUUGGAAGAUAUACCUUUUAAUUCUGUGGAAUGUAAAGAAUGGGAUGUUGUAGAUUAUAUUAGUGAGACAAAUAAUGUUGAAAGGCAUAUAACAGAAAAUGUUGUGAAGCUUUUUAGUAAUGACAAUACAAUUCCUUUUAUUGCAAGAUAUAGAAGAGAUAUGACUGGUGGCAUGGAACCAGAUAAGUUACGAGCAUUGAAAGAAAGUCUUAAUCAUGCUAAUUUGAUUAAACAACGUGCUGAAAUUAUAUUAAAAGCUAUUGAUAGAUUAGGACAUUGGUCUCCUAACAUAUAUUCUGUUAUUGUAUCUGUCAAAUGCUUAGAUGAUUUAGAACAUAUAUAUUCUCUUUUUAAACCAGCAUCUAAGCGAACUUUAGCAGAAAGAGCAAAAGAAUUAGGUUUGGGAACUAUAAGUGACCUUGUGUUACAGGGUCAUACAUUGCCUGCGUUAUCUUCAAUUAUUGAUCGUAAAAAAGAUGGAUUAAAAUCUGAACAACAAAUUAUAGAUGGAAUUAUACAUAUUAUUGCAGAUACUAUAAAUAAAAAUAAAAUAGUAUUUGAUAAAGUUAAAGAACUACAAAGUGAAUCUGUCAUAAAAAUAGAAACUACAAAGUAUAAAACCAAUAGUAAACGUACAGAUAAUAAAGAAAAAGAUAUACACAGAAAGUAUGAAACAUAUUAUGACUUUAAUACAAACACUAAAUACAUCAAACCUCAUCAGAUAUUAGCCAUUAAUCGAGGUGAAAUACAAAAAAUUCUUACUAUAAAAAUAACUUUACCUGAUUCUUUUGAAAGAGAUUUUAAAAAACAUUGUUACAAACAGUAUAAAGUAGCCAUGAAUGUAUCUAAAAUACAUUCUAAAUUAUUAAAUGAGAGCAUUGACUAUGCUUAUACAAAGUUUAUUAAACCUCUAGUAGUACGUCGAGUAAGAAGUGAAAUGAAGCAAAAGGCAGAGAUAGCAUCUAUUGAAGUUUUUGUUACUAAUGUUAAACAGUUACUUCUUACACCACCCGUAAGAGGAAAAAUUAUACUUGGUAUAGAUCCAGGAUUCUUGCAUGGUUGCAAACUAGCAGUAAUUUCUGAACAAGGAGAUAUACUUGAAACAGGUGUAAUUUAUCCACACAAAAAUGUAGAAGGAUCUUAUGAUAAAUCUGUCAAUGUUUUGAUAAAUUUAGUAACUAAACAUAAAGCUACAAUUUUAGCAUUGGGCAAUGCCACAGCUUGCAGAGAAACUGAAGCAUUUAUAAAUAAAUUAAUUAAAUCUAAUGCAUUUGGGUUGAUAGAUGUUUCAUACACAAUAGUUGAUGAAUCAGGAGCAUCAAUUUACAGCUGUAGUUCAGAAGCAAAAUCUGAGUUUCCGAAUCUUGACACGAAUUUAAUUUCUGCUGUUUCUAUAGCAAGACGUUUACAAGAUCCUCUUGCUGAAUUAGUAAAAAUAGAACCUAAACAUUUGGGUGUAGGUAUGUAUCAGCAUGAUCUACCAGUGAAGCAGUUGUUAACAGCACUAAACGAAGUUGUUUCAGAGGUUGUGAGCUUUGUAGGAGUGGAUGUGAAUACUGCAUCUCGAUGCCUCUUGAAAAGAGUUGCAGGUUUAAAUACAUCUAAAGCAAAUAAUAUUAUAGAAUGGAGAUCUAAAUUUGGUCCAUUUAAAAAUAGGCACCAAUUAAUGGAUGUGAAAGGAAUUGGAAGCAAAAUAUUUGAACAAUGUGCUGGAUUUAUUAGGAUAUUACCAGAAACUUCAAUUACUGAUAAUUCAGAGAAAUGCAAAAGCAUUAACAAAUCUAAACAAACAUGUAAUUUAUUAGAUCAAACUUGGAUUCAUCCUGAAUCGUAUAAAAUAGCUGAACGUUUUCUGAAGUAUUGUAAUUGUAACAUAGAAAACCUGGGAAUUACGGAGUUCAUAGAGAAAGUAAAGUUGUGUGCCGAGGAAGGAAUAUCUACCUUAGCUAAGAAAUUUGACACGAAUGAGGCGACUAUGGAAGUGAUAAUUAAGGGUUUAUCUAUGAAGAAAAAUGAGGAUGUACGAUUAAAGUACAAUUCUCCUCUAUUUCGAAGAAGUAUGUUUAAUAUUAAUGAUAUAAAUGUGGGGAUGUCAUUAACGGGUGCAAUACGAAACAGUACACACUUCGGAGCAUUCGUGGAUGUAGGAGCGGGUAAAGAUGGACUUAUACCAACGAGAUGGCUAAAAAAUGGUACAGUUUCGAUAGGCCAACGUGUGGAGGUGAAAGUACUUUCAGUAGAUCCCAAGCGUGGUAGGAUUACCUUAGAAUUAGUUAACGCUUUAUAAUA